CGGAAGUGACGCAGACUGGUGGCGCGUCGGGGCCUGGCUUGAUCGUGGAGCGGAGCCCCUUCGCGGCGAGAUUCCGCUAUGUCGAUCGAAAUCGAGUCCUCGGAUGUGAUCCGUCUGAUCAUGCAGUACCUGAAGGAGAACAGUUUACAUCGGGCACUAGCCACCCUGCAGGAGGAGACAACCGUCUCUCUCAACACCGUGGACAGCAUCGAGAGUUUUGUGGCUGACAUUAAUAGUGGCCACUGGGAUACUGUCUUACAGGCUAUCCAGUCUCUGAAACUGCCGGACAAAACCCUCAUUGACCUUUAUGAGCAGGUGGUUCUGGAAUUGAUAGAACUCCGUGAGUUGGGUGCUGCCAGGUCACUUCUGAGACAGACUGACCCCAUGAUCAUGCUGAAACAGACACAGCCAGAGCGCUACAUUCACCUGGAGAACCUCUUGGCCAGGUCUUACUUUGAUCCUCGAGAGGCGUACCCAGACGGAAGUAGCAAAGAGAAGAGACGAGCAGCAAUUGCCCAGGCCUUAGCUGGGGAAGUCAGUGUGGUGCCUCCUUCUCGUCUCAUGGCGUUGCUGGGACAGGCCCUGAAGUGGCAGCAGCAUCAGGGCUUACUCCCUCCCGGCAUGACCAUUGAUUUGUUCCGAGGCAAAGCAGCUGUCAAAGAUGUGGAAGAAGAGAAGUUUCCUACGCAGCUGAGCAGGCAUAUUAAGUUCGGUCAGAAAUCACAUGUGGAGUGUGCUCGGUUUUCUCCAGAUGGUCAGUAUCUGGUCACUGGGUCUGUCGAUGGAUUCAUUGAAGUAUGGAACUUUACAACGGGAAAAAUCAGGAAGGAUCUUAAGUACCAGGCCCAGGAUAACUUUAUGAUGAUGGAUGAUGCAGUCCUCUGCAUGUGUUUCAGCAGAGACACAGAAAUGUUGGCAACGGGUGCCCAAGAUGGGAAAAUCAAGGUAUGGAAGAUUCAGAGUGGGCAGUGUUUACGGAGAUUUGAAAGGGCACACAGUAAAGGUGUCACUUGCCUGAGUUUUUCUAAGGACAGCAGUCAGAUUCUUAGUGCCUCUUUUGACCAGACAAUUAGAAUUCAUGGUUUAAAGUCUGGGAAAACCUUGAAGGAAUUCCGUGGCCAUUCCUCCUUUGUGAAUGAAGCAACAUUUACACAAGAUGGACACUAUAUUAUCAGCGCGUCCUCUGAUGGCACAGUGAAGAUCUGGAAUAUGAAGACCACAGAAUGUUCCAAUACCUUUAAGUCCCUGGGCAGCACUGCGGGGACAGACAUCACUGUGAACAGUGUGAUCCUGCUCCCUAAAAACCCCGAGCACUUCGUGGUGUGCAACAGGUCCAACACAGUGGUCAUCAUGAACAUGCAGGGCCAGAUUGUCAGAAGCUUCAGCUCUGGUAAGAGAGAGGGCGGUGACUUUGUCUGCUGCGCGCUCUCUCCUCGUGGCGAGUGGAUCUACUGCGUGGGGGAGGACUUCGUGCUCUACUGUUUCAGCACAGUCACUGGCAAACUGGAGAGAACGCUGACGGUCCAUGAGAAGGAUGUGAUUGGCAUUGCUCAUCACCCACAUCAGAACCUGAUCGCCACCUACAGCGAAGAUGGGCUCCUCAAGCUCUGGAAACCCUGAUUUCACUUUCAUUUUUCAAGUGGCUGUUUCUUGGGGCUGGAGCGAUAGCACAGUGGGUAGGGUGUUUGCCUUGCACGUGACCGACCCGGGUUCGAUUCCCAGCAUCCCAGAUGGUUCCCUGAGCACUGCCAGGAGUAAUUCCUGAGUGCAGAGCUAGGAGGAAUUCCUGAGCAUUGCUGGCUGUGACUCAAAAAUCAAAAAAAAAUUUUUACGCUAUUCAUUUAUGAUUCUUAAUUGGGGCAGUCACUUGAUGUUUUCAAUUAAUACUCUACCCAGAGAGUGAAAUCCUCAUCAAUCUAGUGGGAUAAAAGUUAUAUUCCUGUGAUUAUUUGAAAUACGCCUCCUUCAGUGAAACUUGUAAAUAGGAAAAAUCACCAUACUCAGUAGCGGUUUUCUCUUCCAUUUUUUAAAAGAUGUUAAUAAACUUGACACCUUUCUGGAG